UAUUUAAAGUAGGACUACGAAUCCGUUCAUAUAAGUAUUGGGUGUAAUGAACAUGACGGAGACAGAUGAUUAAGUUAUAAUAACUUAUAUACAUUAAUUCCAUUUUAACUCAUUAUUUUAGGAAUACAACAUUUGAAGAGGAGUAGUUUAAAAGACAAAAUAACGAUGGCGCUUAUCAAUCAACAGGAACUUUUAUCCAAGUUCAUGUUCGAUACGUAUCCCUAUGGGCAAAAUCCUAGAUGGUGGCCACACAGUACCAUACUUCUGUGUCGGUGUUUGGUUAUUUCCAAUGGCAUACAGCUCCAACAAAGUCUAACUCGAUCACCCCUUGGUGGAGUAUGGCAGCGAUUUGAUAAUGUCAUUGAAUAUAAAAUAAGGCAUGCAGAAGAGAAGAUGAUCGAGUAUCUUUCAAGCAACCUUGAUAAAAUAUUGCCAACCCAAGUGGUGCAUUUACGUGUUUUUCUCAGUUAUUCCCCCUGUUGCAACUGUGCAACGAAUAUCUCGAAAUUUAAGACUGCUUUACAAAUCAAGAACAUUGAGAGUACAAUAGAAAUAAUAUUUUCAAAUUUUUACAAAUGUUCCAACAUACAGGAAAAGAAUAACCAGCUUGGAGGUCUCUGCCAACUUGUUCUCUGUGGUAUCAGAUUGGGCGUAUUUUAUGGCGUUAAUGACUGGAAUAAUUCUAUUCAUUAUGUCGUUGGCCUGCCCCUAGAUUAUACCUGUAUAGACGCCCAUUCCGCAGGAAGACAAGAACGGGAAUACAUUGAUUUAUGCAUUAUUCACUGUAUUGCUAUAUACUCAAAAACAGGGCUAACUAAUCCAGCCGUUGACCUGCUACCGGUUGCCAGGGCGAGAACAUAUGCUGAAGCUAACACUGCUAUGCAAGAUUUGAAGUAUCCAUUGCCAUUAGUACUGGUAUCACCUCUAUCACACCUUUUCAGUCUACUGAAUCUAUUAAGGAUGUACUGUAGGAGCGGUUUUUUUUAGAAUAUCCGCUAUUUUGAAAAAUGUUUCUUCAAAUAUUGCUUUCUAACAAAACUUUUGCCAAAAAUUAAUGCUAAAUAGUUAACAUAUGGCUAAAAAUGUACCAUUUAACCAAAUAAAUUCUACUUUUUGCGAAAAAAAAAGUACAAUGGGGUAGGGGUACGUAUAAAAGUAGAUCAGGUUUCCUUUGAUAUUUUCCUGACUGAUACAUAAUAAUGAUAAGCUAUAAUUGAAAUAAAUCUAGAAAAUACUAAAUUAAAACAAAAAGAAGAAAAAUAACAAAAUUCACCAGUUUUUAACAGUUUUUAAUGAAUAAAUCCCUUAGAUGCACGAUGACCCCAACUUUUUUCUUUCCAUUUUGAGGCAUUUUUGUGUGUCAUUAAAGCUGCAAAAUAUUUUGCAGAUCUAAAUACGUUUUUCCAUUGAUAAUAAAGUGGGUGGGGUAAUUAUGUCAACAUGUAAAAAUGAAUGUUAGUGACAUUUAUGCUUAUAUAAUACUGACAUCACCUUGUAUUCAUGUUGACUGUAAGACCUGAAAUUCUGUUACCAUUAAAUGGGAUAAUAUAUGUUUUAUAAAGUUCCACCAUUUUUUCAAUUUUACAAAACUUCAGAAAUACUUAUACAGUGGGGGUACAAUUAAAACGAGUUCGGUGGCCUGAGUUUUUUCCUUAUCUUGUUUAUCUUUUAAACUAAUGUUCUUUAAGCUCACAGAGUAAGAAAAAAAUCUUAACGUUAGAAAAAAAAUUCGUUCCUACAUCCUUAAACCCGUACGUAUUCUGUUUCAAACCAGUAUACUGAAAUGACUUGCAAUAAUAGUUAUAUACAGAAUUACCAGAGACUAUACAGCGACCGUCUGGUAGAAUUAGAGGUAUUCCAAACCCUCUUUUGGCAACUAACCAUUUGCUUGCCAGAUAAGUUGUUGGCAGUUGUGAUAUUUCUCGAAAUAAUUAAAUUUUUAGAUGUGUUUUAACUGAAUUUGAGUACGUGUUAUGUGCACUGUUGUCUUUUUUUAUAUUUUAGCAGUAUUCUUGCAUUUCAUAUCAUUUUUAUUCCAUUAUAUUAGACAAGUAAAGUAAUGUUCAUGUUGAUGUCCAUGUGCAACACAGAAUAGUUCCAUUCAUGCACAACGCGGAUGAAUUAUCAAUGAUCAAGCCUUUCUUCAUUCAUGUGACGUCACCUAGAGUUAGUUCUUCUUAGAUCUGGAGCACAUUGUAUUUGUUUCUCAUGUAUUCUAAUAGUUUGGCAUUUGGUUUGUUACAAAUAGGGUGUUACAAAUAGAUAAGAAAUAUAUUAUGGAAUUGUUAUAGCACAAUUUAUGAGCUAUUCAUAAAGUAAAUGUGGUGAAUGUUAUUUA